UAAAUUUACAGUAGAUGGAAAGAGAGAGGAGGAGUCCGCAAACCGAAGGUAAAAAAAAGAAACAGUGGAAUUACGUGAGUCACGCAAGUGGUGAAUACGUGACAUGCUCCAAUACACGCAUGCGUCUCCUUUUAGUAUGUGUGUUUCUAUGUUUAUCAUCUCUGUCUGACCAGUGGCAUGUGUAUGUCGGCAGAGUGGGAAGGUGAGAAGUGGUUGGAGAAUCCAUUGGAUCGGGCUUUCCCAUGUGUUCGUGAGAUAUUGUUCGGGUGUGUUACAUGGGCCGUGAACUGUGGAGGAGAAUUCUCGGUCGUUCAUCGAUUUCGAGAGACACGUACGAGGGCUUGUGUGAGUGGCGACAUUCGCUAUGUGGACGAUGUGGAGAGACUCACAGAGUCAGUGGUUGGUUGGCAGUGAAUGUAGCUGGUUCCUGUGCUGCACGAGACAAACAAAUAGAGUGAGAUAGAUACAUCAGUGACAAAGUCAAUUAUUUUCUCCUUGGGAAGAAGUUCCAAAUCUCGUCUGCGUAUUUUCCCAAUCUUGGGAAUAUCUUUCGGUAACUGGAGAAUUCCAAGAAAGGGCAUUAUAGAGUGGACAGCCAUUUCGCGUCCGCUAGCAAUCCACCGUCCAGCCACGGGUGACUGUGUGUGUGCUGAAGACAAUGAAGCAAGAAUACGGACCCACAUCGUCAUGCCAGGCAGUUCUGCUGUCACGAGCAGAACUUGAACAAAAACUGCGCGAAGCGAGUGAUGAGAUCGACAUUGUGAUGCCGGAGAAUAUCAAAAGUCACGUUUGGAAGUACUUCAGGCCCAUUGUCUAUCGCGGUGUUCGCCAGAACUUUGUGAAGUGCUUGGAUUGCGACAAUGUGUUAGCUUACAAAAGUAAAACAGGCACAGCUAGUCUGUUGCGCCACAAAUGUGAGGGUCGAUGUCGCGAAACCCCUAAUGAGACAGCUAACAGCCAUCGGGCCUCCACUUCAACUGCUUCCUUUCUUCCUGAUCAAUCUCAAGAAAUGGUGGAUGAUGACAGGGAUUCCCAGACCAUGGGUGAUGAUAUUAAAGAUGACAUCACUAUUAAAGAGGAACCAAUAUUUGGCUAUAGCGAUGGCUCAUUCCCUGAACCAGAUGUCAGUAUGGAGGAGUUGGAUGGCAAGGCCGAUCUGAGUUUUAAGCUGCAGAAGCACGAACUGGAAGCCCUUAUUCGUGCCAAUGAUCCCAGCAUCACAGCACGUGAUCCCACCAAGUACAAGAAUCACAUGUGGAAGCAAUUCAAGAUCAUCUACUACAACAGCAUCAGGCAGGAUUUUAUCCGCUGCAUGCACUGUGGCGUAGUGCUGUCGUACAAGAAAAAAACCGGAACGGCAAGUCUGGUCCGACAUAGGUGCAAUAUGAGGGCUCCAUCGAAAUCACCUCCGCGGGUUAUCCAGGGCACUUUAAACUACGCCCCAACGUCCUCCGCAGAUGACAUAACAGAUGCUGAGCAUGCUAAUCGGCAGCAAGCCAUGACGUCAGCCUUGGUGUCGCUGAUGCCACAUUUCCUGGCCAAUUCUGGUCUACGUGGGGAGUCAAAAAUCAUUCCUCCUGGUGAUUUGGCCCAUUUUGCUACGGCUCAGAUAAAAUUUGCCGCCCGGGAUCUCCUGCCACUGGCAUUUUUCCAACAGCCAGGUUUCCAUGAAUUUGCUCAAAUCCUAUUAAAUAUUGGUGCUGAGUACGGGCACCAGAGUAUUGAGAACAUCCUCACAAUGCCCCAAGAAUUGGCAGGAACGCACAUUGAAGCGGUGAUGGCGCAAAUGAAGGAAGAAAUCAAGUCCGUUCUCACCGGCAAUGACAUUUGCGUAUGUCUGGAUCUGUGGCGUCAUCGUGACGACAUGUGCCUCACCGUAGAGGUCUUCCUUAUUGAUGAAAACUUCAUCCUGACUCGGUACAAUCUGGGCUCUCGUGUCCUUCCUGAAGCAAAUGCCCAGAACAUUCGGGUCAUUGUCCAUGAGAUACUCAGUGAGUUUCUCGAUUCCGUCCAGCUCGAAGGUCUAAAAAUGGUGAUCCGGAUGGAAGAUACUGUAAUUCGCGAAGCAUUCCCCAACGUCACUGUGAUGAACUGCAUGUGUGAGAUAUUAAUCCAGGUACUGGAUGAUCUUCUCACUGAAUUUCCCACAUUCCUCAAGUCAAUCGAUGACCUUUCGCACCAUUUGAUGCAACAAGGUGUGGUUUCCUUCAAAGAGAUCCUCGAAGCCAGCUAUCCCACACGAUGGCACAAGUACUUCCGGCUCUUGAAGGCCAUUGCAAAUUUUUCCGAGACCUACCACAGUGAAGAGGACAUUUUCCAAGAGUUUUUCAAUGAAAAACUCGAAACUAUUAUUCAAGUGCUAGAUUUCCUGGAACCCUUCCAACAAUCCCUUGACAGUGUCCGCUCUGAAAGUAACACCACCCUCAAUGAAGUGUACCUGUGGACUAAGAAGUUCCAGCAGAGUGGUCGAAUAUUGCCCAAAAAUGGCGAAUUUGUGGCACACAUCAAAAACAGUGCUAAUGCUUUACUCAAGAAACACUUCACUGUGUCUCAGUAUCACAAAAUAGCCCUAUUCCUUGAUCCCAAUUUCAAGAAUAUGCGUUUCUUGCAUGAAGAUGAGAAGAAUGAUAUUCUAGAUGUUGUACGGCAGAAUCUGGAAACUGUCAUGGGAUCUAGUACUGAUGACAGUUCUUCAGCCAAUAAAUCCAUCAAGAUGAAUCUCAGUGAACCCAUUCCUGGCACUUCAAAUUCAUCACUGAUCAAUUUCAUGGAAUUCAUGGACAAUUCCGUGUCUGAGGAACCCAUUGAGACGGAAAUUAAAACUUACAUGGACAUUCGUCUCACGGAGCCCGUGGAUGUCCUGCAAUUUUGGAAGGGCUUCAAUCAGUGUCCCAGUCUUAAGAAACUGGCUCGCCGUGUGCUCAACAUUCCCGCCACAUCGUCCAGAAGUCGCCAUGUCCUCAGUCCAGACAGUAUUUAUGUGUCGGAGAAGAUUCAGAAUCUGCCCAAGGACGAGAUGAUUCCAUUGCUUUUCCUACGCCAGAACACAGGAUUACACUAAAUAUCCACUAAAUGCUUUUGUAAGACACUCUUCAGGUGCAAGACAUUUUAAUAAACAAUGUGAAUUUCUUUCAAUAA